AUGAAUUUUGUUUUCUACAGUACUUAUGAAGUUGCAACAACUUGUGCCUUGGCUAUAGGAGCAGACAAGCUUAUAUGUGUUAUAGAUGGUCCGAUACUUGAUGAGAGUGGCCACCUUAUUCGUUUCUUGACCCUUCAAGAGGCAAACAUGCUAAUUCGUAAACGGGUUGAGCAAAGUGAAACAACUGCUAACUAUGUGAAAGCUGUUGAUGAAGAAAGUUUCAACUCUCUUAACAAUUUUAAUGGGGCAGUCCAUUCAACACAGAAUGGAAAACCAUUUUCAGAAUCUCACCAAGCAACCUUUCAUAAUGGUGUUGGUUUUGACAAUGGUAAUGGCCUGUGGUCUGGGGAGCAAGGUUUUGCUAUUGUAGAGUGA